GGGGACCCAGAGCUUUGCUGGGGAUCUGGGGCUCCCUGGGCCGGGUUGAGCUGUGCUUCUCGGGCUCAAGUGGGGGAAAUGGUCUUCCCCUCCCAAAAGGUGCCCCCCUUGCCCUUAGCUAGCGGCCUGAAAGGGCUGUUGGGGGGGGUGCUGCGAUCUCUCCUCGGGGAAGGCUUUAGGGUGGGUAGGGUGGCUAGCAGAACGGCCAGGGGGCCCCCCUCUGGCUCUCCAUUCUGGCCUGGAGCUCGGCUUUGGGAGUUCUGGGUUCGAAUGACCCCAGAGCUCCGAGUGCCCCUGCAUUCUGGGGGGGAUCUCAGUUUCCUUCUCUAUAAAGUAAGGGAGUUGGGCAGCAUCCACCGGAACUUCAGACUCUACUUGGAGAAAAGGGGGAUGGGGAGGGAGAAUCCCUUUACGUUUGACAAAGUCCCAGAAUUUUCCUACGGUCCCUAGCGUUCCCUCAUCUGCCUUCCCCCGCGCUCUUCCCGGCCCUCGCCCUCGCCCUUUCCUAAGGUCCCAGCAUAAGGAAUUUGACGACGGUUCCUGGCGACCCCUGCGGCGCUCUCGGCGGCGACGGCGGCGGCGGCUCUGAGAAGGUGGGGUGGCAUUAGGCGCUCAGGCCGCCGGGGGCCGUCGCGCAAGUGCACACCUCGUUGCAGGCCGCAAGUCCCUCUCCCACACUACUUCCAGGCACCCGGGCGCCCCACGCGGGCCCAACCCCAGUCCGCCGCGCAGGUCCCACACUUGGCUCUGGCCAGCAGCCUUCUGGCUAGCUCCGCCCGGGGCGGGGGCGUGCUCACUCGGGGCUCAGCUCUGCGGGGGAGGGCUGCGCGGGCGUGGGCUGGGUGGGGUGGGGGGAGCUUGCUUCCGCCCCCCGUGCCCGGUGGCACUUUGCAGACGCUCCCCGGAGCUGGGCAUGGGCGCCGCCACCGCUGCUCCCCGGGCCGGAGUCCGCGUCGCGCGGGUGGUGCCCGUGAGGCGCCGGGACGCCUGGGUCCAGCCGAGGCUGCGUCAUGAGUGAGAGAAACGGCCGGAGGCGUACAAUGAAGAAGGAUGACGAGGGCUUUGAGAUCUCCAUCCCCUUCAACGAGACCCCUUCUCUAGAGUCACCGCACAUCUUCUACAGCCUGAGCCCGCCCCAGGGCAACUUUGAGGAGCCCCCAGAGCCCGCAUCCCCCACCCUGGCGCUGAUGAACAGCGUCAAGACGCAGCUUCACAUGGCUCUGGAGAGGAACUCUUGGCUCCAGAAGCGCAUCGAGGACCUGGAGGAGGAGCGGGACUUCCUGCGCUGCCAGCUGGACAAAUUCAUCUCCUCCGCCCGCAUGGAUGCAGAGGACCACUGUCGGGGCAAGCCUGGCCCACGGCGGGCGGAGGGUGCCGACGGCCGGGGCGGAGGGGAGGCCUCAGACCCCGAGUCAGCCGCCUCCUCCCUUAGCGGGGGCUCUGAGGAGGGGGGCUCUGCUGAGAGGAAGCGCCAGAAACAGAAGGGGGGAGCCAGCCGGAGGAGAUUUGGGAAGCCCAAGGCCCGGGAAAGGCAGAGGGUGAAAGAUGCCGAUGGGGUCCUGUGCCGCUACAAGAAAAUCUUGGGCACCUUUCAGAAGCUGAAGAGCAUGUCCAGGGCUUUUGAACAUCACCGGGUGGACCGAAACACUGUGGCUUUGACCACGCCUAUUGCUGAGCUGCUCAUUGUGGCGCCCGAGAAGCUGGCUGAGGUGGGCGAGUUUGACCCGUCCAAGGAGCGGCUGCUGGAGUACUCCCGCCGCUGCUUCCUGGCGCUGGAUGAUGAGACGCUGAAGAAGGUGCAGGCCCUCAAGAAGAGCAAGUUACUGUUGCCCAUAACAUACCGCUUCAAGCGGUGAUCCUGAUUCUUCUUGAGCCAGCUGCCCCACCAGCCGUCUGGCUCUCAGGCCCUUGCGCCCUUCUGCCCAGAUCCCCCAGAUCAGCUGUUGGCUUUCAAGUGACGAGUCUGCUGGCCACCUUCGUCAUCUCUGUUGGCCCUUCCUCAUUGAGGGACCCCUUCCAUCCCAAUGGCUUUCCUAUCUAUAUCUCCAAGCCAACAGCCGUGUCCUUUGCCAUUGCACCUCACCCAGCCAGUCCCCCUUAAUGGUGGCCCUGUAAGAGUCCCCCAAAUGCUCUGGUCUUGGGUGGGUUCCUGUCCUUGUCCUUUAUGAUCCCUUCCACCAUACCACCCCCCCUGUAGCGGCUGUGUGUGUGUGUGCUGGGAGAGAGCAGGCAUGUGAGGCGUGUUUACAUGUGAUUCCAGGUGGAAGCGUGGGUCUUCUGCCCCGUCCCUUGCUAUUCCUCCAUGGAGCCUGGCUGGGGGGUGGGAGGCAGUGUAUAAGUAUGUACAUAUUUCCUGGAUGUCCCCCUUUAGCCUUCCACAAUAUCAGACUGUUUCCCAACCCCAUUUCCGUGACUUGGGCUCCUUCUGCCCAGUUCAGAUCCCAUUGCACCAAAUCUAGAGACUAGAGUCUGUCUCUGUACAGGGAUUCUCCACGUGGCCAGCCUCCAUUGCGUUUGGAGAGAGGGCAUGGGACCAGUUUAGUGAGCCAUUGAUGGAGGAUGUGGACCUGGCUUCUCCUCCCCACUUGGGUUUGACUAACUUCCUUUCCCUUCCCGAGGCCUGUUUGCUUCUUUGUAAAAUAGGAGUUAAAUGAGAUGAUUUCUAAGCUGAUUCUGAGACCUUGGAUGAGUCCUUUCCAGCCUGGGCCUCUGUAUCCUUCCUGAUACAAGUUGGGACUAGGUGCUCUCGACAGGCAGGUCACUGUGUGACCUGUGAUGAUAGCGAUGCCUUGGACUGCUGGCUGAGAAUGCUGGGAGUGCUUCUCCUCCCUUGACCACUCAAUGAGCCUGCCGGGCACUGUCUGGGCCACCUUGCAGCCAUGGCAGGGAGGCCUGGAUUCUGGAUGAUGAUUGGUCCUCUGGCAGCCUUCCUAGGGGAAGAGGCCCCAAGGAGCUCCCCCUCACCCACCCGAAGGUGAGGCCCCACCCUGAACAUCUAGCUGCCUGCCUCCAAGGGGACGAACAGAUAAAUGAAUUAUUCACAGAGUUUAAAUUAAAAGUGAACCAGCAGAUUUGGAAUAA